GCGGCUGAUGGUGGUCCCCGGGCAGUCAGUGUGACCGGCGGCUGCUGACUCUAAUUAAAGCGCCGGCGCAAUGGCGGAGCCCGAGGCUGAUGAGAGGAGCUGCCUCAUCCCCGCGGCCCGGCAGCCCAGUGAACAGGUGUUGGUUGAAACGGUGAAGGAUCAUCACAGCCGUUGGAGGUCAAUCCGGGUCAUGUACAUCACGAUGUUCCUCAGUAGUAUAGGUUUCUCGAUUGUAAUUUCCUCAAUAUGGCCAUUUCUUCUAAAGGUAGAUACAACUGCAGAUUCCAGCUUUCUGGGAUGGGUUAUUGCUGCGUACAGCCUGGGGCAAAUGGUUGCUUCACCAUUGUUUGGUCUAUGGUCCAAUUACAGACAAAGAAGAGAACCGCUUAUUAUCUCAAUUUUGAUCAACGUAAUGGCAAACUUGCUGUAUGCCUAUGUAAGCGCUAUUCCAUCUCACAAAAAGUACUUCAUGCUGAUGGCUCGAGCGUUUGUUGGAUUUGGAGCAGAAUGGAGGAGAUUCAAGAGUAGAAGAGUCCCAGCCCCCAGUGACUGGUCUGCCCUUCCAGGUCCUGCCGGUGAGCCAGGCUGGGCUGUGCUGUCAUCAGCAGUGCCUUGGAGUACUGAGGACCCGCUUAGCUCAGGAACCGAACUGGAGACCACCACAGAGGGAAAUGUGGCUGUGGUCCGAUCAUAUGUUUCAGGUGCGACCUCACUUCAGGAAAGGACCAGUGCGAUGGCAAAUAUGAGCGCCUGCCAGGCGUUGGGUUUUAUACUAGGACCAGCUCUUCAGACGGCGCUGACAGGCAUUGGUCAGACGGGAGUGUCCUGGAAGGCGAUUGACCUUGAGUUGAACAUGUACACUGCCCCAGCUUUUCUCGGAGCUUUCCUAGGAAUUGUAAACAUUGUGCUUAUCGUUGCAUUAUUCAGAGAACAUAAUAUUGACGAUUUGGGGAGAAGCAUAAAUAUUAGUACUGAAGAAAAUCCUGAGCUGCUUGAAGAAUGUCUGGGCGACAUUGAUGGGAUUGCUGUAGUGAUAUCCAAUAUCCUAUUUUUCAUCAUCCUUUUCGUGUUUGCUGUGUUUGAAACGAUAUCAGCUCCAUUAACCAUGGACAUGUAUGCCUGGACCGGGAAACAGGCAGUGCUGUACAAUGGGAUUCUCCUGGCUGGGAUUGGUAUAGAAUCCAUGGUUGUUUUCAUGGCAUCAAAAAUUAUAUCAAAGAGGAUUGGGGAACGAUUGAUGCUUCUUGGAGGAUUUAUGAUUAAUUUUCUUGCCUUUUUUAUUUUGUUGCCAUGGGGGAACCAAUACCCCAAGAUCCAGUGGGCAGAGAUGAAAAAUAGUUCAGCUGAAUUAUUGUUGAGUGAAUCAUCCACCACGAUGGAGAAUGUGGCAUUGAGGUCCACAGUCAACUCCCCAUCCGAGUCAGUCGGCUGCCCCAUCCAGCAGCUCUGGUGUCAGUAUAUUCCCGUCAUCCAUUUGGCUCAGUAUAUCCUCUCUGCAAUCCUGGUUGGCAUGGGGUACCCAGUCUGUCACGUUAUGGCCUACACAUUGUAUUCAAAAAUUCUAGGAUCAAAGCCUCAGGGUGUUUACAUGGGCAUUCUGACAGCUGCUGGGAGUGCAGCACGCACACUUGGACCAGUGUUUGUUAGUCAAGUUUAUACCCAUUAUGGACCUCGAUGGACAUUUGGCAUCAUUUGUGGGCUAGUGUUUUUAGCCACUGUGCUACUUGGUGCGACAUAUAAAAAAAUCGUCGGAAUGUCAGCCAGAUAUGGGAGAAGUGAGGAAUGAUGGACUUUUAAGAGGAAAAACUAAACACACAUACACUUUGAGAAACUGAACGUUUCAUUUACACUGUAUUAUCUUACUAUUUGUAAUGCUAUUUUAUUUUGUAUUUGCUCUAACCACUGAAUUCUAAUUUGCACCAUCUGUUUGUAUAACUUUUUUAAUGCUGAUUUAUUUGAAAAUGAUCUAACCGUUGAUAUUUUGGUACGAGGGAAAGACAAUGUCUGUAGUUAAGGUUUUUUAUAUGAAUUUUAUACUGAUAUAAAGUCACACCCAGUCUAUUCAAUUGGAAUGUUCAGCCUCAGCUACACCAUGCACUGUGAGAAUAAUUAAGUUAAUAGCCAUUUCAUUCUAAAGGUAUGCAGGCAUUUUGUGACCUAAAAUGCUGUGAUUUUAUUUUGAGAAAUUGGCAUCAGCUGAUGGAAUUGACGGUUUUGUUAUUCUAAGUAUUAUAAGGUUUCAUGUGCUGAAAUAUUUGCACUAAAGUUAAAUGGUUGGCUUGCCAGAAGCUGAACUUCAGAAGUUUUGUCAAUCAGAGAAAAAACAUCCUUAGCUCCCAGACUCGAUAACAUUCCCUGGCCACACACAACAGAGAAUCUGGUGAGCAUGGGCAGCCCCAUUCCAGAGACCUCUGCAGCAUCAAAUGCCCAGUUACUACCUACUACCUACAGGCAGUAUUGGCCAUGCUUGUAUUUCUGUUCAAUGGAAAGAACAUCUUUAUAAUAACAUAUCAAGCUAAAAUAUUUUGAAAACACUUCACAGGUAAUUGCUGCCAAGUGUAGUGACUAGUUUUGUAGGGAAACAUGAGAGCAUGGUCUACCAACAGCUAUGUGGUGAAUGACCAAUUAAUCGAGGUAGAUGGUAAAGUAGAGAGAUUAUUUUUAUCUCUCAUCCAAAGGUCAUUGUCUACCUCGGUACUGCAUAUUUCUAGUGCAUUCCUGGGGGAUGGAGGAAAUGCAAAUUAAUGUACGUAUACUUAAAUCCAUGAGGCUCUGCUCAUCGAAUAACUUUACCCUGGCUGCAGAUAAAAUAUUGAAUAAACAUCUGGAACCAA